AUGGUAAUCAAAUCAUCUUUAAGGAAUCUAACGAAAAAGGUUGUAUUAUUUCACACCCUAAGGAGCAUGGAGAGUCCUUGGAGGUUCUGUGUUUGUUUCUACUGCUGGCUUCACUGGCUUUCUUCCAGCAUCCAGUGUUCCCCCCACUCCAGGGAUCGUGCGGUGUCUGGCAAAAGCCCGGGGUUCCUGUUUGCUCCGGAGGACAACCCCCAUAGGCUCCAUCCGUUCCUGCGGCUUCCCAAAGGCGUGAGACGGGGAUAUGCUCUCCUGCCUCCCCUGCUCAAGGUGCUGUCUGACCAGGGGCGCCGGAAUUGGCAGAGCGAGUCUCCCCGGCUCCAGCCGGACUCCAGGGCCCUCAGGUACAUGAAGAGGCUCUAUAAGAUGUCUGCUACCAAGGAAGGCAUCCCCAAGGCCAACAAGAGUCACCUCUAUAACACUGUUCGCCUCUUCACUCCGUGUUCCGAAUGCAAGCACCGCCACAGGGAGCUCAUGAAAGGAGACAUUCACUCGGUGGAUUUGCUCUUCAACCUGGAUCGUGUGACUGCUCUCGAGCACUUGCUCAAGUCUGUCCUGCUCUAUUCCUUCGACACGUCGGUUCCCAUUUCUUCCCCCGCUACAUGCGUGUGCCACUUAUCCAUCAAGGAGUAUGAUUUUUCUAGCCAAGUGUGUCCGAGUGCUUCACACUCCGUAGCUUUUAGUUUGCACUUUGAAUUUAGAAAACGCAGGUGGGUUGAGAUUGAUGUGACUUCUUUUCUCCAGCCUCUCAUUGCUACUAACAGGAGGAAUAUCCAUAUGGCUGUGAACUUCACUUGUCUGGUGGGUGAUCCACAACAUAACACUGAACAGGAGGGUUCCCUUAACGUGGCACUGGUCCCCCCUUCUCUUCUCCUUUACCUCAAUGACACCAGCGAGCAAGCAUAUCACAGGUGGAACUCACUCCGGCACAGAAGGAAAAGCCCAGUGCGGCCCAGGCAAAGGGACACUCCGCUUGCCGACCUCGUGGAUGACCUAGGAAAAGAAAACGCACAGAGCAAAAGGGCUUCUCGACAGCGAAGGGAGGAGGGCUUGAAAGAAGCUCCAGCAGCAGCACCCCGUAAUUUGAGUGACUAUUUCAAGCAGUUCCUGUUUCCUCAGAACGAGUGCGAGCUUCACAACUUCCGCCUGAGUUUUAGCCAACUGAAAUGGGACAAAUGGAUAAUCGCCCCGCACCGGUACAGCCCCCAGUACUGCAAGGGGGACUGCCCGCGCGUGGUGGGGCACCGCUACGGCUCGCCCGUGCACACCAUGGUGCAGAACAUCAUCUACGAGAAGCUGGACGCCUCCGUGCCCCGGCCCUCCUGCGUCCCCGCCGAGUACAGCCCGCUCAGCGUCCUCACCAUUGAGCCCGACGGCUCCAUCGUCUACAAGGAGUACGAAGACAUGAUCGCUACUAAAUGCACUUGUCGGUAG